GGGAGCAUGGGUUGGGCCACAGGGGGAGGCAGGAACGAAUGCUGAGCGCGAGUUGGGAAAUUAUUAACGCCGAAAAAACAUUAUUUCUGCACAAAACUAUUUUUUUGACUUGUUGAGAGCCACCAGCGACGAGACAUCUCAAAAUGAACAUUAAAGCCAUCUUAUCGCUGUGUCUGUUUCUCAUUCUUCAAUGUGUUCGUGCCAGAGUGUUCGUGUCGCGGCUGGAGGCGGCGUCCCUGCUUGCGCGGUCGCGCAGGGCUAAUUCGCCCUUCAGCAUGGAGGAGACGAAGCAGGGCUCGCUGGAGAGAGAGUGCCGCGAGGAGACGUGCAACUUCGAGGAGGCCAGGGAGAUCUUCGAAGAUGAUCAACGCACGAAUGCAUUUUGGACUCUCUACAUAAGGCCCAACCCGUGUUUGUCGAACCCGUGUCAGAACGGAGGCACGUGCCAGCACACGCACACCGUCUACAUGUGCGUGUGCCCGCGGGGCUGGGAGGGCCGCGUGUGCUCUCAAGAGGUGAGCACCGGUCAGUCGUGCAAGGUGAACAACGGCCGGUGUGACCACUACUGCGAAGAGGAGGAGGCGGCUGGGGGAGGGCGCAGGGGGGCAGUGUGCAGCUGUGCGCCCGGAUAUCAUCUCGCCAGGAACAGGCGAUCCUGCAUGGCCACGGAGGCGUUCCCGUGUGGCCGUGUCGCCUCGCCCAAGUCCGAUAUUCUCAUGGGAAACUCCUCCGAGGCUGCUACUGACGUCCCGACGCCCACCUCUCAAGCUGCCAACGUCAACAGCAGCAGCAUCAUAGGCGACGACUCUGAGCCUCAAGCUUCGUUCGGACAAUCGAACCACAGAGGGCGCGUCGUGGGAGGCAAGGAGUGUCCGCGUGGGCAGUGUCCCUGGCAGGUGCUGAUUAGCCGCAAGGGAGCACCCGUGUGUGGAGGAACCAUUCUCAGCCCCCAGUGGAUCCUGACAGCCGCGCACUGCACCAUAUACGAGACCAAGAACCUUCGAAUAUUAGCUGGGGAGCACAAUGUGGACGAGGUGGAAGGUUCGGAGCAGGAGCUCGGCAUCCUCCGAAUCGUCGACCACCCCAGCUUCAACAUCAAGCUCUCCUACGACAAUGACAUCUCGCUCAUACAGCUGAGCCGCCCGAUCCAGUUCACGAGAUACGCGCUGCCCAUCUGCCUGCCCAACCAGCGGUUCGUCAGGGGGGUGCUGCGCUCCGUGGUGGCGGGGACGGUGAGCGGAUGGGGCAAGCUGAACGAGUUCGGGCCGGCAGCGGGGAUCCUGCAGCGCUUGGAGGUGCCAUACGUCGACGAUGAGCAAUGCCGCGCCGCCAUGGGCAGCAAAGUCAUCACGGCCAACAUGUUCUGUGCCGGCUACGAGACGGGCGGCCAGGACUCGUGCAGCGGAGACAGUGGAGGGCCCCACGCCACGCGAUACGGCAGCACCUGGUUCCUCACCGGGGUGGUGAGCUGGGGGAAAGGGUGCGCGCGUGAAGGGAAGUUUGGAGUUUACACCAAAGUGCUCAACUACCUCGACUGGAUUGCACAAACGAUGGCGGAGACAGAGAGUCACGCGCUUCCGGAGCCCGCACAGCACUAACACCACCAUCACCACUAACCCCCAUCACCACUACAGCCCCAUCAUCACCACUACCCCCAUCACCACUCCCAUCAUCAUCACCCCCCAUCACAACUGCCAUCACCACCAUCAUCACCAUCACAACUGCCAUCACCACCAUCCCCCCCCCCCCAUGACCCAUUUCGAGAUCGGCUCUCCCAAAUCUGUCACGAGGGACACAGCCGGCAGGCACAGGGGCCGUGUUGCACGGGAGGGGAGCUGUCCAAACCGGGCCGGGAUGUGAACGAUGGAAUAAAGAGGUUGGACGAUCGUCGCCGUGUCCGGCGAAGUCUUCCGUGUUACGACGUCGUGCCACAUCACACCAGGUAGUCAUUUGAGGCCGAGUCGACCUAGCAGAGGCCCAGGACUGGUGGUGUUGGCCGUCAGCGGGAAUUGAACUCGGGUCGCCAGGUUCGUAACUGCCACAUGAUCCGUCGCCCGGUUUUUCUCGCUCGCAUUACAAUAACCGUUCUCAUCUCUCUCAACUUGCUCAGCUCCCAUCUCUCGUGUGUUCAGCUUCUGUCGCACCCUUAAGUAGCCAACUGCUCUAAUCAGAGGUGCAGGGGGAAUGACAACAAACUAAUCAACAAAAAGUGUAUCUCAAGAAAUAAGUUUUCAAUCUAGACGAUUUAGCUCCUGUAGCUUCCUAUAUCACGUCUUUAUCUUCUCUACGAUUCAUCUCGCUGGCGAUCUGUACCCAUCUCUCGGCGGGUCCGUGGCCCAGGGUCCAACUUGGGACCGUUUUCAUUCCAGGGUCGAUAAAGUCGGCGCCACUUUUUGGGGGGGGGCAUUCACCGGUGCCCGUCCUGAGGGAUGCACGGAUCCUUCCACGGGAAUGUGGAGUUUCCACCGCCGACUCGCCGCUGUAGAGAGGCAACGGGGUGCUGUCUCGAGAUAAACAAAAAUAAAACUCGGUACGAGAUUCA